AUGCAUUCUAAAGUCGUGAUUAUCGGGUCUGGCCCAGCUGGCCAUACCGCGGCCUUGUAUUUGUCUAGGGCAACUCUGGAACCCGUCAUGUAUGAAGGUUUCUUGGCUAAUGGAAUUGCCGCUGGUGGACAGCUCACCACAACAACGGACGUCGAGAACUAUCCCGGCUUCCCCAAUGGUAUCGGAGGCACAGAAAUGAUGGAUCUAUUCCGCGAACAAAGUGCCAAGUUUGGUACCAAAAUCAUAACAGAAACUGUCGCAAAGGUUGAUCUCUCGUCGCGUCCAUUUAAAUAUUGGUGCGAGUAUAAGGAAAAUCAAGAACCCGACACAGCCGAUUCAAUUAUUAUUGCGACUGGUGCUGCUGCCAAACGACUAAACUUGCCCGGCGAAGACACUUAUUGGCAGAAAGGUAUUUCUGCCUGUGCCGUGUGUGAUGGUGCUGCACCCAUAUUUCGCCAAAAGGCGCUUGUAGUGAUCGGAGGCGGUGAUUCUGCAGCUGAAGAAGCAAUGUUUCUUAGUCGAUACGCUUCACACGUAUAUGUAAUCGUACGUCGCGACGUGCUUCGAGCAUCCAAGGUCAUGGCAAAUCGUCUUCUUUCUCAUGAAAAGGUAACAGUUAUAUGGAAUCAUGUGCCAAUCGAAGCCAAAGGAGAUGGCAGUCUCUUGAACUGUGUUCGUAUCAAACAUACAAAAACUGGAGAAGUGAGAGAUCUCGAGGCUAGUGGCUUAUUCUAUGCCAUUGGACACGAGCCUGCUACUAAACUCGUAAAGGGACAGUUAAAAUUAGAUCAAGAUGGUUAUAUUGUUACCGAACCUGAUACCACUUACACCAGCGUUGAAGGUGUCUUUGCCGCAGGUGAUGUUAAGGAUAAGAAGUAUCGCCAGGCGAUCACUAGCGCAGGAUCUGGAUGCAUGGCUGCCCUUGAUUGUGAACGAUGGUUAGCCGAGACACUAGGCGAAUAG